AUGCCCGCGGACACCGAUUUAGCACUCUUACAUUAAAGUUUCCUAUUUAAAAUAAUUUUCCGUGAUAGCGGCUUGAAGUCUCUUAAUUUAGACAGUACUAAAUCAGGGAGUAUCGAACUGGAAGCUCGCGAAUUUCAUAGUGACAUUCCCCUCACGGAGAGUUAACCUCUUCAUCUUACAUAAUCAUAGGGGAACUAUUGAUCGCGAAUCACACUAGCAUGAAAGGAGCACGUCACUAGCAGUUCAACUUCUCUGUUCUAUAGCAUUUAAUUAUUGUAUAUAUGUAUUUCUGCAGUGAUUUCGUAUUUUUUUAAUAAUGCUGUUAACUUUUUGUUAAUAUACUUUUAUAAUUUCUUUUGAAAAAUAUUUCUAUGAAAAAUGGCGUCAACACAUAUUGAUUAUUUAAAUUCUACAAUUAGAUUCGAUUUUAUUAUAGAAAAAUUACUCCUACUAACAAAUGGAAAACAUAAUGAAACAAAGUUAAUCAACAAUUAUCUUUGUGAUCUAAAUAGGCUUGAUUACCGAUUUAUUACUAAUGUUAAUAAUGAUAUACUACAAUUAUUGAUUAAAGAAUUAUGUAUAAUUGCUACACCUGUGGAAACAGAUUUGAUACAAAAUAUAUGUAAACUUUUAGUCAAUUUAAUCCAAAAUAAUAUAAAACUUCAGUGUCAGACAUUUGCAAGCGUUAAACAAUGGAUUUUAGAAGUAUUGGAAUCAGCUUUACCAAUUACGCAUAGAGAUAUCCUUAAUGCUUUAAAAUGUAUUUUAAUUAACAUGGGAUUUAAUGAUAUUAAUCGUUAUUUGCAAUUAUUAUUGGAAAAUGAUAGAUUAUUAAAAAGAUAUUUAAGUCCAUCCAAGUUACAGUGGUCUGAAACACAUUAUCAUGCACUUGGGUGCUUAGAAGGAAUUUUAAUAAACAGCGAUAAUAGGAGUCUCAUUAGUCAAGAAUUUGUAUCUAUUAUUAAGAAUAUUGUAUUAAAUAUUCUCUCAUCUUAUUUACAUUUGAAUGAUAAUAAACUUUUUAAUGCCAAAGUUUUAAAGUUAUGUUUGUAUAUACUUCAUAUUAUAAUAGUAAAUAAACUAUUACCACAUUCCGUAGACCUUAUGGGUGAAGUUUUGGGUGUGGUACAAGUAUUUUUAUUUUAUGGUAUUGAAGAAUAUCCAGCUGUUCAACCAGAGCUUCUGCGUCCAGCAUCCAUGAAUCUUCCUGAAAGGAUUCAUGUAAUUCCUAAAUGUAAAAAUCUUAAAAAUCAUAAAACAAAGACAAAGAAGCAACCUUCUAGGAAAACCAAUCUGGAACUAAAGAAUAAUAUCACACCAGAAUGCAAAAAUAUGAGUAUGCAUUCUAGUGAUUCUGAUACUUCAGAUACAGAAAGUAAUAAUUUUGUCUAUGUAGAUUCUAAAGUUAGACUAGAAGCUAUACACUUAUUGCAAGUACUUAUCGAGAACUCACAAAGCCGUGAAAUAUUUGGAUUUUGGCCACAAAUUGUUGCCACUGGAUCUCAAAACGAUGCAAGAGUACUAACCAGAUGUAUUUUAAAAGAACCAGUAUCAAAAGUGAAACAAAGCAUGCUGAGCACUCUCACUGAAUUACUUAUUGAUGCUAAAUUAUUUUUAAUACAUGCAGAAGAUACAGAUCAUACAUCUUUUAUAACUUUUUUUGGUAUAGUGUGUUUAAUGAUAAAAGAAUUACAUUUCACAUUGUCCUUGAUAUUGAACAGUGACAAAAAUAUAGCUGUUUUAACUCAUGCUUUAAAAUGUACUGCUGCCCUAAUUCAAGGUACACCUUAUGCACGUUUAAAGACAGGACUCGCCACAAAAUUAAUGAGUAACUGUAGACCAUAUAUUUUUCAUAAAGAUCCAACAAUUCGUGUUGCAGCUCUAUCAACUUUUGAAGCUAUUGCUUCUUGCGAUCCAAUAACGCCUGAAAUAUUUAAUAUACUUGCAAAGCAAUCAGGAUUAAACAUAGAAUCAGAACAAAUGCAUUUGAAUACUUCGUUCAGUGAUAAUACAGGAGGAGAAGAAGAAGAAGUGGAUAUCGAAGAUUUGAAAAAUAAUAUAACUGCUGAAUACGACAACAAAUUAUUGACAGAAACAAAUGUAUGUUUUCUAAUUCAUAUUUGUUUAGAGAACAUUUCAAACAAGAUUAUGAGCACUCCUGUUCGUCUUCAAUCUUUGAAACUACUAGGUAGAAUGGCAUUUAGUACUAGAAAGCUUGUGUUUUCACAUACAGAAUUAGUUACAGCAAAUUUAGCUACAGUUUUACAAGAUUCUGAAAUACAAGUAAUACUACAUGCUUGUCGUGCUUUAGAAAUUAUGGCUGAAUGUCUUGCAAACAAUGAUUCAGAAAAUAAUAAUGCCUUACUGUUCUGGAAUAUUAUAUUUGAACCUGUCACAUUAAUACUUCAACAUUCGCAAACAAUAUUAAGGGAAGCAGCUUGUGAUUGUUUAGGUAGCAUUAGUCCAAUUGUGUUUACACAAUUUUCGAGGCAAAAAACUGUAUUAAUCAUCACAGUACUAUUUGGUGCAGUUCAUGACGAAGAAAGUGCGGUAAGAGCUGCGGCGUUAAGAGCAUUAGGAAUGUUGGUCACAUUACCUCCACUGGAAGAAGAAACGGGAUUUUUAAUGGAUUUAGCCGAUAUAAUUUGUUUAACUGCCGAUGAUAAUAAUCUUGGUGUUCGCAUAAAAGGAGCUUGGGCACUAGCUAAUUUAUGCAAUUGCUUUUCCAAAGAAAAAAACGAUGAAAUAGAACCUCUUCCUUUGGAAAUUUUAUUACCAAAAUUAUAUCAUGUCAGUAUUAAAGCAUCCAAGGACAGUGAUAAAGUAAAAUGUAAUGCUGUUCGAGCUCUUGGAAGUAUUUUGCAUUUAUGUCCCAGCAAACAUAUACUGAAUGAUACAUUAUCAGGAUUAGAGGCCCUUAUAAAUUGUGCAAUUUCAGGUCAUGAUAUGAAAGUACGCUGGAAUGCUUGCCGUGCUCUGGGAUUAGUUUUAAGUAACAAUCCAGACGAAAUAUUACCAUCUUCUUGGCGGGAUUUAAUAUUUCCUGCAUUAUGUAAUUUAAUAUGCUACAGUCCAAACUUUAAAGUCCGUUCUAAUGCAGCAUGGGCACUACGUGCUUGUAAUUCUUAUGAGAAGUACACUGUAAUUUUAUGGAAGAGCAUUAUCGUAGCAUUUGAAAAUUCUCAACAUGUACCAAGUUACAUUGAAUAUCCUCAUCGUGACGCUCUUGUACAACAAUUGUGCCUUACCCUUAGUCAUGUUGCUGCUUGUACUGAUGUGUCAGAUUUACAAACUCUUUGGUCAGAGAUUGGUGACCAUGUAGAUGUGAUUUCUGAUUAUAUGAAACAAUUUCAGGAAACAAUUGUGCCCGAGAAAAUUGGAGACUUAAUAAAAGCAAAAUCUCAACUGGAGAAAUAUGUGAAGAGUGCUCCUUUAUUCGAAGAUCGGAAAAUUGCUCACAAUUUGGCAAACAUUUUUGAAAGAACUAAACGAUAUGACAAUUUAGAUGCCACUCUUUUAGUAUUAUGAUGUACAACUAUCAAAAAAAGAAAAAUCAUUGUAUACAUUCUAUACUCAAGUAGAAUAUAAAUUCAAUUAUCUAACUGGAGAAUGUACACAAAUAUUUAACGAAGGUAUAUAUAACAAACACUUAAAUUAUAUGUAAUAUCAUGAAAACAUCUUUUUACAUUUAUAUCCUUGUUUUACAUUAUAUAUUCAUUGUUUAAAGCUUUUUAAAAUUUGAAUUAAAAACUUUAAAUUAUUUAUUUGGAAGUCAUAUUUCACUGAUAUGUGUAAAAAAAUUAACAAUUCUUAGUGAUUUUUGUAAUCAUAUUUAUAAAAAAAUAGCACUGUUCAUUAUUUUAGCAGAAAUAAUCACAAUUAAAUGUAAAUACAGCUUUAAACGACCACUUCACAUUAAGUGCUUUUAAUUCUUACACAAUUCUCUGUUAAAGAUUUAUACUAUCAAGUAUACGAUUCUCACUGUUAUUUUCAGAUAUUUUACAUUCAAAGGUUGAUACAUCAUUAGCAUGUUCAAUUUCAGAUUUAUAAUUUUUUGCAUUAGUAAUACUCUGUAAUUGCAAUUCCUUUUGAUUUACCUUGUCCCGAUCUACAUUUUUAUUAAUGUUUGUCUCUAAUGUGUAUUCUACAAUCGUAUUAUCUUUAAUUUCAUCAUUGACUACAACUUUAGAUUCGUUAUCAUUUUCUUCAUCCUCGUCUUCCUUAUCUGUACUAUUAUCGUCUGAAUUGCUGUCUUCAGUUUUAUUUGAUUGGUUAUUUACUAAUUUCAAUUUCUUCUUUUCCUUCCACUUUUGCUUCUUUUUCUGUCUCUUUGCUCUCUUUUUGGCUGUUAUUUCUUCAGCUAUCCUUUUAUUUUCUUCUAAUUUCAGAUGAUAUUCAGCAUCUAAAAGUUCCUAAUGAAAAUAUAAACAUUAAUAUUUUUAUUCCAUUAAGAGCAUGAAAUGAAAAUACUUAUUUAUUUUAUAAAUAUUAUUUUAGG